AUGCCCGCCAACCCCGAGGAAAUAUGCUCAGCCAGAGACCUGGACCCAGAGGGCCUCAACGUCCGCUUCUGGGGAACCCAAUCCCCCUGCACCAAGGUCCACGCCGCCCCCGACAGCUCCCAGUCCGCCAUGGACCUCGUCCACUGGAUCCGCCUCGGCCGCGACACCAAGCCUCGCUCGUGCCGCGAGUGGCUCGACCCCGAAGACUCCGAGCAGCCCGCCCACGCGCAGUGGCCCUACUUCCUCCGGAGCAUCGGCUGCACCGAGAAGGAGGUGAAGCGGGACAGGUACGCCAUCAAGUUUCCGGGCAUCCCCGACCCGGUGCCCAUCGCGUCCGAGGGGCAGCUCGACAACAUCCUCCGGUCCCUGGCCAAGUACCUGCGCUCGACGCCCACGUACUGGUGCCAGGCUCCUCCGCCUGUCAUGUUGGUCUGCCGGCCUGAGCAGGUCGCUCGGUGCAAGGGCAGAGGCUGGGUUGAUUGCGUCUGGCGCGAGGCGGCCAUUUUCUACAGAGCUGCUGCGGGAGUUUACCAUAUGGAGGAGGAAGACGGUAAGACGAAGGUUGAGGAGACUUUUGAGGCUCUAGAUGGUAGAGAAUUGCUCCCGCCUAGUGUCAGAGCUCAGUAUGGCGGAGUGACCCGUUAUCGGGAGGCGCGGGCGUUCCCCUAUGCUGAGCAACUGGGCGCUCGCUGGGUGCCAGACUUUCAGUCCCAUCUCUCCGAGGACUAG